GCCAAUGAAAACAAAACAAGCGGCAACUCAGUUCCACCUAGACGUCUAGUAGGCAAGGAAAACAGAAACAAAGAAAGUAUAAAAUCUGACUUCAGAAAUGAUAAGAAGGAUGCAGACAGGAAGCAACAAACUUAUAAAGAUUCA